UAAAACUGUUUGAUAAAACGGUUUUAUAAUGAGUUCUUGUCUGCGGAAAUGUUAAUUGCGUGUCAAAAAAAAAGUCAAACGUUUUGUUUUGUAAAAUUCUAAGAAAAAAAAAAAAAAACCUGGCACAUUCUACUGCAUUAUCCACCAGUCUGUCAUUAUUUGUGUUAAGCCUGGGAAUUCACCGGGGACCUCCCAGUAGUUGCUGAAACACGAGGCCAAGAUAUCUCUAAAAGAUUUUCUUUAAAAGAGCGUCCAAAAAAAACCAAAACACUUUCCGCAGUUUAAAUCUUCACAUAACAUAUUUUUUAACAACCGUACUGAAAUACUGAUCUCGGUCUGAAGAAAAACGCGUGGACCAUAUCAUAAAAACAAUUUGGCCGUGUGUUGCAUGCAAAAGAAGCGAAGGCUGGGUCUCUUUAAGGCUCCCCUGAAGUUGGAGAAGCACACAAGGGAUGUCUGCCUGGGUGGUCCCUCUACUUUGGUGAGCUGUUGCUAAGCAGCUAAUAAUAGUCGUGUUUGCGGAGUAAUUUUUGCCCUUCUGGAACCAAUCAGAUCCAAGAAACCCCAGCCAUCUGACAGCCCUGGAGGCGGGAUUUUGAUUAUUUUCUACCUUACCCCUCCUCCCCUUUCUCCAAAUGGAGAGAGUACUUUUUUUUCUCAUCUAUUGAAUUUAGGAGCCUGCACUGUCCCGCGGCCUGAGAACGACUCCUGCACUCAGAAUGCAACAACAAGCGAGCGAUCGGAGUUGCUGUUUUGGGAUAGGAAAGCUUCUUCACUGCCUCGUCUAUUAAAAUAAAAUAAAAUAAAAAAAAAUCUUGACAGAAAACAGUGAAUGUGGGAAACAGUGGAGACCUCCGGAUCGCGAAAUGUUGGAAUGGAAGGCGCAAACUUUGACUCGCCGUCCUUACCAGGAGUAUGAACAAGUUUGCCAGCCUGCGAGCAGCGGUAGUGAAACUUUGUUGCCCUGGAUUAUCAAAAAGCGCGUUCGGAGGAAUUUAGGACCGUGGAUCGCAAAAACAACAGCCCAGUCCCUACAACAUGGCCUCGGCUGUUAAUGUUUCGGAGCAGGAAAGCAGGGACCCUGAUCUGCCGAGGAUAACAAGGAGGACCAGGGGGAAUCGCACAACAGCCACAGCAACUGAUUUGGAGUAUCUACAACGGCCAAGCUACUGCGAUGCAGCUUUUGCAUUGGAACAGAUAUCAAAGGGGAAAGCUACUGGAAGAAAAGCACCGUUGUGGCUGAGAGCAAAGUUUCAAAGACUCUUAUUUAAACUGGGCUGUUACAUUCAAAAGAACUGUGGAAAGUUUUUAGUUGUGGGCCUCUUAAUAUUUGGGGCGUUCGCUGUUGGAUUAAGAGCAGCUAAUCUUGAAACCAACGUGGAGAAACUGUGGGUGGAAGUUGGAGGAAGGGUGAACCAGGAGUUAAGAUACACGCGGCAGAAGAUAGGAGAAGAGGCCAUGUUCAAUCCUCAGCUUAUGAUUCAGACUCCUCAGGAAGAAGGUGCUAAUGUGUUAACAGCUGAAGCUCUGAGACAGCACCUGGACUCUGCAAUUCAAGCAAGCAGAGUUCAUGUUUACAUGUAUAAUAGGCAAUGGAAAUUGGAACAUCUGUGCUACAAAUCAGGAGAACUAAUUACUGAAGCUGGUUACAUGGAGCUGAUUAUUGAAAACCUGUAUCCUUGUUUAAUAAUCACACCGUUAGACUGCUUUUGGGAAGGUGCUAAAUUACAGUCCGGAAUUGCCUACCUACCAGGUAAACCACAUUUGCAGUGGACAAACUUUGACCCUUUGGAAUUCCUAGGGGAGCUGAAGAACCUCCAUCAUGGAGUGGAGAGCUGGGAGAUGAUGCUGAACAAAGCGGAGGUUGGACAUGGCUACAUGGACCGUCCCUGUCUUAACCCUGCAGACCCUGACUGUCCAGUCACAGCCCCCAACAAGAACGCCACUGGACCUCUUGAAGUUUCCCGGAUCCUGAGCGGUGGUUGUCAUGGUCUAUCCAAGAAGUACAUGCACUGGCAGGAGGAGCUGGUUGUUGGGGGAACAACAAAGAAUGGCAGUGGAAAACUUCUAAGUGCGCAGGCUUUACAGACCAUGUUUCAGUUAAUGACGCCCAAGCAGAUGUAUGAACAUUUGAAGGGUCAUAAUGAUGUUUCGCAUAUCAACUGGAAUGAGGACAAAGCUGCCGCAAUUCUGGAGGCUUGGCAAAGGAGAUAUGUUGAGGCUGUUCAACAAAGUGUUGCACUGAACUCCACUCAGAAGGUGCUUACGUUCACGACUACUACUUUGGACGACAUCCUCAAGUCAUUCUCUGAUGUCAGUGUUAUCCGAGUGGCCAGUGGUUACCUAUUAAUGCUUGCCUAUGCCUGUUUAACCAUGCUACGGUGGGACUGCGCCAAGUCCCAAGGUGCCGUGGGGCUGGCAGGAGUCUUGUUGGUUGCAUUGUCAGUGGCUGCAGGAUUGGGCCUGUGCUCUUUGAUUGGAAUUUCAUUUAAUGCUGCAACAACUCAGGUUUUGCCAUUUCUUGCUCUUGGAGUUGGAGUGGAUGAUGUCUUCCUUUUGGCACAUGCAUUUAGUGAGACGGGACAGAAUAAAAGAAUUCCUUUCGAGGACCGGACAGGAGAAUGUUUGAAGAGAACUGGAGCUAGUGUGGCUCUUACCUCUAUUAGCAAUGUGACUGCUUUUUUCAUGGCUGCCCUAAUCCCUAUUCCUGCUCUUCGGGCAUUUUCCCUCCAGGCCGCUGUUGUGGUGGUGUUCAACUUUGCUAUGGUUCUGCUCAUCUUCCCGGCUAUUCUCAGCAUGGACCUUUACCGACGGGAAGACAGGAGGCUUGACAUUUUCUGCUGUUUCAUAAGCCCUUGUGCAAACAGGGUGAUUCAGGUUGAACCCCAGGUCUACACAGAUAACGGUGACGGCAAUCGCUACAGUCCCCCGCCUGCCUACAGCAGCCACAGCUUCACACACGAGACCCAGAUCACCAUGCAGUCCACUGUCCAGCUCCGCACAGAGUAUGACCCACGCACCCAGGCCUACUACACCACUGCAGAGCCCCGCUCCGAGGUCUCCGUGCAGCCCAUCACCACCACCAAUAACAAUACAAACAGCACGAGCAGCAACAGCACUGCACCCGAGAACCUCAACUGUCAGAGCCCAGAGAGCACCAGCUCUACCCGAGACCUGCUCUCCCAGGUCUCAGACUCCACUUUUAACUGCAUAGAGCCACCAUGCACGAAAUGGUCACUUUCUUCCUUCGCUGAAAAGCACUACGCCCCCUUUCUGUUAAAACCAACCACAAAGGUUUUGGUGAUAUUUCUUUUUCUGGGUUUACUCGGAGUCAGCCUGUACGGAACCACCUGCGUCCGAGACGGCCUGGAGCUGACGGAUAUUGUGCCUCGGGAAACGAGGGAGUACGACUUCAUUGCAGCUCAGUUCAAGUACUUUUCUUUCUACAACAUGUACGUUGUAACACAAAAGGCAGACUAUGCGAACACUCAGGCCCUGCUCUAUGACCUGCACAAACGCUUCGGCACUGUGAAAUACAUCUUACGGGAGGAUAAUGGACAGCUUCCCAGAAUGUGGCUGCAUUACUUUCGAGACUGGCUACAAGGUUUGCAAGAUGCCUUUGACAGUGACUGGGAAGCUGGUAAAAUUACCUACAACAACUACAACAAUGGAUCUGAUGAUGGUGUACUGGCUUACAAGCUGCUGGUACAAACGGGCAACAGGGAUAAACCGAUCAACUUCAACCAGUUGACGAAACAGAGGCUUGUAGAUGCUGAUGGAAUCAUAAACCCCAAUUCCUUCUACAGCUACCUGACUGCCUGGGUCAGCAAUGAUCCUGUGGCCUACGCUGCCUCACAGGCCAACAUCCGUCCACAUCCCCCAGAGUGGUUUCACGAAAAGGCCGACUAUGUGCCUAAGACCAGACUGAACAUUCCUGCUGCAGAGCCUAUCGAAUAUGCUCAGUUUCCUUUCUACCUCAAUGGACUACAAGAGACACCCCAGUUUGUGGAAGCGAUCGAGAGGGUCAGGACAAUCUGUAACAACUACAGUGACCAGGGGGUGCCCAACUAUCCCAAUGGCUACCCCUUCCUGUUCUGGGAGCAGUACAUCGGCCUGCGCCACUGGCUGCUCCUCUCCAUCAGUGUGGUGCUGGCCUGCACCUUCUUGGUGUGUGCCCUCCUCCUACUCAACCCCUGGACUGCUGGUAUCAUCGUGCUGGUCUUGUCCCUGAUGACUGUAGAGCUGUUUGGAAUGAUGGGGCUGAUUGGAAUCAAGCUGAGUGCAGUCCCAGUGGUCAUCCUCAUUGCUUCUGUGGGAAUCGGAGUGGAGUUUACAGUUCAUGUUGCUCUGGCCUUCCUAACCUCCAUUGGGGACCAGAACCGCAGAGCUGUUCUAGCACUAGAACACAUGUUUGCACCUGUGCUGGACGGCGCUGUAUCUACACUGCUUGGGGUGCUGAUGCUUGCCGGGUCUGAAUUCGACUUCAUUGUCAGGUAUUUCUUUGCUGUACUGGCAAUCCUGACUGUGUUAGGUGUUCUGAACGGAUUGGUGCUACUUCCUGUUCUGUUGUCAUAUUUUGGGCCGUAUCCUGAGGUUUCUCCGACUGAUGGAAGGAGCCGGCUGCCCACCCCAUCUCCUGAGCCACCUCCUCGCAUCGUGAGGUUCACGGUCCACCCCAACCACGUUACCAAUGGCUCCGAUUCGUCAGACUCGGAGUACAGUUCUCAGACCACGGUAUCAGGGAUCAGUGAUGAGCUCCACCUGUACGAGGGAGGCCAGAGCAAUGCUCAUCCCACACACCAGAUCAUGGUGGAGGUCCCAGAGAACUCUGGCUUCCCCAGGUCCACUGUUGUUCAGCCGAUGUAUCACCAGCCCAGAACCAGACUUCAGCCUCAUCCUCCAGAAGAUCGACCCCAGCAAGCCUGGAGAAGCAGCAGGGACCCAAGGAGGGAGUCGACAAGGGACAGCCAGCAGCAGCAGCAUCAUCAACAACAUCAACAUCAGGCACCUCCUCACCGGCCGCGCGUGGACGCUUUUGAAACUUCUACUCAAGGGCAUUCUGGCCCUAGCAAUAGGGACCGCUCUGGACAUCGCUCCCGCUCUCACAACACUAGACACCCGCUUUUCACUCCCACAGGUGCUUCCGUGCCAGCGUACUGCCAGCCUAUCACUACUGUGACUGCCUCAGCCUCGGUCACCGUGGCUGUGCACUCCUCCCUGCCCGGACAGAACCCCCCUUACAGGGGGUUCCCGUCACGUGAGGGGUACCAAGAGACUGACCAGGCACCAUUCGAAGACCCCCAUGUGCCUUUUAAUGUCCACAGCGAGAGAAGGGGCUCGAAAGUGGAGGCUAUGGAGCUGCAGGACGUAGAAUGUGAAACGAAUGGUGGAGGCGGCAGCAAUGCAAGAUAAGUGGUUACAUUUUGAAGCACAAAAGGCCAAAGAUAGGACAUCCUUCUGUUCUGAACCUUGAGGAGAACUGCUUGAAGCUACAUAAUUGGAAGGACAUGCUGCAUCAGGAAGACAGUUCACUGUUACUGUAACCUAGUGUAAUAUUUUGUUUAAUAUUUCUAUAAAUAUUUAAAAGAUGUACACAUGUGUAAUACAAAUGUACAAUGUAAAGUAGUAUCAUUUAGGAGCUGUUGAACCCCGGUCAGUAGACUGGGGACACUGUUCUGUGUGAUCUGUACAUUGAUCUGUGUAUCUGUGCACCAAUUAAGCUUAAUCUAGACAUUACAUUUGAGCAUACAUUGUUGCUGCUUAAAUAUUGUAUAAUUUACUUGUAUAAUUCUAUGCAAAUAUUGCUUUUAUUGUUUAUAGGAAUUCAUUUGUAUGUGUAUGAGUGUGUAUAAAGGUACACAUUUUGUUUUAAAUAUGUUAAUUUGCAUAUCACACCUGUGGUAGUAUGAAAUGUUACUAUUUUACUUUGAAACACGCUAUGCGUGAUAUUUAAGAUGAGCAGAUAUGAAGAAUAAGCACGUUAAUCUUUGUGACUCUGUGGCUGUAGCUCUUGCUGUUUUUUUUCCCUUUUCGUUUCUUUUGGCUCUGAUGCUGUAACCUUUUUAUCAAUGUUAUUUUACUGUAUGACAGCCCAUAGUGCGCUCACACUCAAACUAAAACUCAACUGCCAAAUGUUUUGAUAUGUGAAGAUAUCUUUGAGCUUGCUCAUUCCUUUUGUCAGAUGUACAACUUGUUUUCAUGACUAAUCACACAAAAACACUUUUCCAAAAUCCAUUUUAGUUUUAGUUACAACCAAUUCAGUUAAAAUUUGGCACUUGAUUGCAGUAAAUAAUGUACUAUGGCAAAAAAAAAAUGGGUAGGCUUCAUUUUUUUUUUUUCUCUGUUUCAAAUAAGCUACUCUGACAAGCGCACUAAGGGUUAAGCACUAGGUGGCUUUACUAGACCAGCACAAUAUAAGAUACAUAUACUUCAAGUGACAACAAGGACAGUGGGCCUCAAUUUAGCUCAAGCAGUGGAUUAAAAUCCACAACCAAAUUGUAUGACACUAAUUUGAAGCUGACCUCAACUGCCAAAUAUACAUGUGAUUGUGUCAGGGGUCGGAAUGGCUUCCUGCCGCUGCUAAGUUGUUGUCUGUCUGUCUGUCUGUCACUAAUGUCAGCAUUUCCCCUCCCAAGUUUGACAUUUUUAAUUCUCUAUCAAACACAGCUGUAUGUUUUUUUCUUCUUUGUUCUUUUCUCUUGUACUGUCUGCUGGCUCUACACAGUGUAGUCGUUUUCUCCUGAAGUCACAUUGGCCAAAGGAGAGCUCCGUGGCUGGCAACUAUUUUAUUGUUCAUUUAAAAAAAAAAAAAAUCUAUGUUUUGUAUUUUUUGUGAUAUUUAUAUUUUUGUAUCAUAAGAAUUGUUUUUGUUUGUUGUUUUUUUUUUUUUCUUUAAGUAUUGGUCAUAUGCCAGUUUAUAACAAAAAUGCAGGGAUUUCUACUUCUAUUGAAAAAACACUAUUACAGUUAUGUUUUUACUUUGUAAUGGAAUUUUAUCUGUAUAAAGUGCUUACUAAUGUUAAAUAGGAAAGAGAGUAUAUAACAUUUACAUUAAGGACUCAAUGUAGCUAUUAGAGUGAGGAUGUAAAAGGAAAAAAAAUAUUCAAACUGGGUCUUACUGACUGCCAUUUUUUUGGCAGGGGUGGGUUUGUGUCAUUUCAGUUACAAAGAUAAAUGUAUGCCAUAUAAAUUAUUUAUAUGAAUUUAUUUUUGUAGUGUACAUAGUAGUUGUCAAGUCUUUUGACAGAAGUAUAUUUUUAAAGAGUUUAUAUGUAUUGAUACCAUUAUGUUGGAACAUAACAGAGAAAUAGAUAAAGUGCACACUUUCAUUGUUAACUUGCUCUCAGACAAAAGUGGUUCUUAGCAGUAUUAAAAGAGAGUGCAUAUUCAUAAAGAUGCCAGUUCUUUUUGGGGGGUUUAUGAAAGUAGCCAUGAAAGUGGAAAUUGUACAAGCUCUCUAAAUAAUAAUAAUGUUCAAACACUGAUAGAAUUCUAACAUAAAAAAUAUUAUAACUUAUUUGUGUCUUUGUUUAUAACUCAAAUAAAAAAUGAAACUUAAAGGAAA